AUGUCCUUCCUCCCCCCUCUUCGCUCGGCCUCACGCCGAACCCUCCAAUCCACCACCUCGAGCCCCUCCUUCUUCGCCUCCUCGUCAGCCACAUUCCACACCUCGGCUGUGCGUUCCAGUCUGAAAGAAACAGACAAAAACCGCGACGAUCUCCCCAACUUCUACGAAGCCCAGAAAGAAGACCAGGUGAAGAACUCGAAGGAGGGCAAGGCGAAGUGGAAGGCUGAGUUGGCGAGUAACAGUGAGGCUGAUGUCAAGGCGGAUCGCGGCGAGAUCGAGUCCGACGACGCUACCUUUGAGGCGCUGCAGGACCGCACGAAACAUCUGCCGAAUCGCAAGGGGCCGGUGAACAAGACGCAAUAG